CUCCGCCUUUCUGCUCACAUUCUCUGAGACACAAAACAGUUCGGCAUUACGCGUUAGUUUUCUCGGUCUUGAACUAUUAGAAAUGGCAGAAACUGCUCCAGCACCAGCCGCUCCUGCUCCGGCUAAAGCUCCCAAGAAGAAGACAGCGGCCAAGCCCAAGAAAUCGGGUCCCAGCGUGUCGGAGCUCAUCGUCAAGGCUGUGUCUGCCUCCAAGGAGCGCAGCGGGCUGUCCGUGGCGGCGCUCAAGAAGAUCCUGCAGGCCGGCGGUUACGAUGUGGAGAAGAACAACUCCCUCGUCAAUAGAGCCCUCAAGAGCCUGGUGACCAAGGAGACCCUGCUACAGACCAAGGGCACCGGCGCCUCGGGCUCCGUCAAGCUCAAUAAACAGGCGGCUGAAGCCAAGGAGAAGGCGGCCAAGAAGAAGGCAGCUCCCAAGAAACCAGCGGCAAAGAAAGCGGUUGUCAAGAAAACAACGAAAAAGGUUUCGGCAAAGAAAGCAGCGACACCCAAGAAGACUCCUACGAAAGCGAAGAAACCGAAAGCUGUAAAGAAGGCGCCCAAGAGCCCGAAGAAAGCGGCUGCCAAGCCUAAAAAGGUCGUAAAGAAGAGCCCGAAGAAAGCGAAGGCAGCGCCUAAACCUAAAAAGGUGACCAAGGCAGCUAAACCCGCAGCGAAGAAGGCGGCUCCUAAAAAGAAGUGAGCAGUUAAAGCGACGAUGUAACAAUGAACCCAAAGGCUCUUUUCAGAGCCAACA